CCUGUCAGAUAUUUACCAACAGUCACUCGGGAAGGGUGUCAUUCAAGAGCGCUCAAGGAAGACGUCGAAAAUCCGAAAGUACAUCUUCCGGUGACAGGUGGAAAUCUAGAGAAAAAUUCCUGGAAAAAUUGGAAAAUACUCAACUAAAUUAUCUGGCAUGGUAUCAGGGGCGUGUAAGCAUAUUUUAGGUGAGGCGAGGGCCCCCUCAGUCAUCUUGCAAAUGCCACGUAACACGCGCAGAGACCAGUUGAGCCAUGACAGUUGUUACCAUCAUGAUAAGUUCUGUUUCUGAAGAUCUUCUCAGAAAUCUGCCACAGAAAGAAGCCGUGGAUGCAGUGGGAUAAACCACAUUCCCGUUUGUGAUGGAGCCUAAAAUGCUGGAACGUGUGAAUGACCUGGAAGAUUGAGUCUCAACAUGCAAAGACUCUUGGACAUGAUCACCAGGCUUGAGGAUUGACCCCACCAUUUUUUUUUUUUUUUUUUUUUUUUUUGUGGCUACUGCUUAGAAGAAACAUCACAAACAUGGGUGCUGUUGCCCUAUCCUAUUUCUCUUUGCAGUGUUUCACAGCCAGUGAGUCAUUUAUUUUUGUUUAUGGCUCAACAAAAAUGACAUGGUUUACUUUUUCAGAACAAUGUUUCCAUUCCACAUGUCUUCUUGGGGAUGCUUUGUAACUAUGAAUUGAAGAAGAAAGGUCAGGUCUAUCCUAAAUAUUUGCUUACUAAUAACGUGAAGGUGAAUUUUAAAAAUAUUACAUAAAUACUAUCCAGCCAACUAUUACAUGUCUAAAUGGAUCUGCUCACAUGCUGACAUUUUGGAGAGUUCUAUAAAUUUGUCAGUAACAUUGAGUUUCUUACCAAAAGUAAAUAUGACAAUUUAAGACUUAUAAUUAUAUAAUUAAGUGCGGUAUUCAGAAACCUACCUUGACACACUUUAUGACGUUAAUACAAAUACCUAUUAGACUUAUAAAAGGACUGAUUAACAAAAGGCUCUGAAAACUAUAUUCAUCAAACUGAAUUUAUUCGAAUGUUUUUGAAAUACCUGAAAAUUGUUUUUGAAGUAUAUAUGUUGCACACGAGUCUAGAUAGGGUCUGAGGAACUUCAGACGGUUGCUGACGGUCUGGAGCGGCUGCACGCAUCACGCGUGCGCAGAAGGUACGUAAGUGUAACACUCAGCCUGUGUGCUGUCACUUUCGGACGUGCGUGCGUUUUUAAAGCCAAUGCGUCAAUGGGUGAACGUAAAAAAACGACCGACCGCUGCCUGUCAUACGUUGCUGACGACAACUUGCACCAUAAACAAGUUGACGGCUUGCUUGCGUCCAAACACGGUAGCUACGUAAUGUACUACUUGCUGCGCGACAGUGACGUAACAACAUAGUCAGCUUCGCCAUCUGACGGGCACAUUCUUUAUCCGCUGCGAAAAACGAUUAAAUAAAAGUCGAAAACCUAUGCAAUCACUGUUAUAAGUCAUAAUGUACACAUGUACAUGAUAAAAUAAAGUUUAUUGCACGUUUUUCUUCUGAGGUUGUUCUUGCCUGGAUAGGAUAGUUCAUUAAAUAUGAAUGUCUUAUCAUAUAUUUGCGUUGCUUUUCAUUUUACAGUACAACAUGUUAAUUAGGCAAUGAGUUCACAUUUACACUCCAAUUAGGCUAUAUGUGGCCACUGAACUGCUAUGAGUUUGACACCCAAUGCUCUAAAUUGACCAUACUGUGGGUAUGAAUGUAAGUGUGCAUGGUUAGCUGGUAAAGGCUCCAGCUCACCUGUGUACCUCAGUUGAGGACAAACUGGGCAGAAAAUUGAUGGGUAGGCAAUAAAUAGAUUUUUAGAUUAACGAGUGAUCAGGUGGGCAAUGCAGUUUUGAAGAGGUGAGUUUUAAAAUUCGGAUUGAAAUGUGUAAGGAGUGUUUUUUUGAUGUACUGUGAGUUUCAGUGGGUUGGUGCAGCGCAUGGUUCAGAGAGUUCGUUUGGAGUGACGGUGGAACAGGUGAGGUUCUUGGAAUGAUUUUGAGUUGAUGAACAGCGAGUUCAUUCAGCGAGUUCGUGCCAUUUUGGGGUGAAUGAAGGUGAGUAGGUGGAUAAAAUGUUGCAGUAGAGGAGUCCAAAGAGAAGAUAUUGCAGAAAUGUAUGCAAUUGUUUUGGUUAAGGGUUCGAGGGAGAUUCAUCUUUAUUGCAAUUUACUUUGUGGAAGUUGUGAUCAUCUUGGUUUUCGUGUGGAAAGGCAGGAGAAAUUGUGUUUUUUGUGGUUUCAAAUGGACAAACGUUCACUGGCAUGGCACUUGGAACAGUCUUUGGAGGCUUUGACAUGUGUAAUCGCUCUACGUUGUGUGCGUUGCCCUUGAAAUGUCACUCAUACAUCAUGUUGCCAAGGAUUCAUCACUACUGUCAGAAAUUACAUAAUCAAUGCAUCCAUCUUCGAUGCAAGAUGCGAAACUAAUGGCUAAUGUCUCCCUAAAAUGUUACAAAAUAUAGACGUACAAAAAUGAUAAUUAUUUGCAGAGGUACCUCUUGCAUCAGCCCAAAAGUAUUUUUUCUAAUUGAUAAAUGACUAGCGCCUCGGAUCAAGAUCGAUUAUUUGUUACUGAAAUUGGAUCAAGAUGCACCCGAUCAGGCCGGAGUGCCAUCCUAGGCCUAUGCUCCCCACUUUCCCAGUGGGGCCUCGUUUUUCACAGCCGGCUACAAUGAUGACGGGCCCAAAUAUGUACAAUGUACCGCAGCAGAUCAGACCACCGGUACAUCUCAAUAGUCAUGCCGGGUUCCAUAAUAGUCAGCAACUACCACAUCAAUGGCCUGUUCAAAACGUCCUCGGCCCACAUCCUCAACAAAUGAUGAGGGCUCCAUCAGGCAUGAUGAUGACGCCCGGGGCCCCUCAGAUGGUACCUGUUGGUUUUAUGAAUGGAGAAAUUUUGUUUGAGCAGGUGCAUCCUUUAAUGUCUACAGCUCCUCCCCAAAACCUCUUCACAACAAUUAACACAAGGAAGACUGAACAUGUGCGGGAGCGACCCUACAUAAAGAAGCCACCAAAUGCCUUUAUGUUGUUUGCAAAUAAGUACAGAGAAGUAGUCACCAUGCAGUUGGAAAAGAGAGACAGUGCAUCUGUUCACGUGGCGCUCGGAAAAAUGUGGAAGUUGCUACCACAGGCCGACAGGGAUAAAUAUUACGAAGAAGCCGAUGCUCAGAAAAGACGUCACGCUCAACUUUAUCCUCGCUGGUCCACCUGUGAAAACUAUGGGAAACGCAGGAAGCGGCGGAAGAGUAAAAUUCACACCGGUGUUUCAAAGGAUACACCCGAUACCGAAGUUCCCCACGGCAACAGUAUGUGCCUUUCCACAGUCCAGAAAGACAUCAUGGUAUCUGAAGAAUUGGACUCGUCUUCAGAAACCAUGCAUUACAACUCCCAGCCUCCUUCCGCACUCGAUUCAGAGGAGUCCGUCGAAGCACUGAUUGAGGAAAAGAAAUUCGUGCAGAUGCCGUGCGGCAAAAAUGAACUUUCCAUUGCUCCCGAUGUACAGACUCAGGGAGAGAUUCUUGAGAACGACCAUGCGCUGAAUCUCCUCGAUUGCAUGCUUCUUUCCCCUGCUUCCCAGAUUGAGCUUCAGAGCGUCGAAGAUGGCUUCCAACUGUUACUGGAGCAUUUUGAGCCUCAGGGGCUCCCGUUACUCACAGAAGCUGAGGAGUAUACCAAGCCCCUGAGUUUAGGAGAAUCGCAGCAGCUUAUCAUCAAGUUGUUUGAAGGUCCCGCGCUGACAGGGAAUUUAAAAGUGGAGACUCAGCUGGACCUCGCUGUGCAGGGACACACGGUUGCAGCCGGCCCCUCCAAGCCUCUGAACAAACCCAUCCAAUUAGCACUGGAGCAUCUUGACACAAAAGAAGACAUACAACCACGCCUCAUCGCACACUGCCAGACACUAGAGGCCGAGAGCCUAAAGCAAGAUGUGCUGAAUCAAGUACCGCUUGGACUUCUUGAGACAUCCUCAUCCACUUCACUCAGUUCCAAGGAAACGACCCAAACCACGCCUAGCGAAUCGAAAAUAACACCGGUAUUAGAUCCCGUCUCUCCGCAUCAUCACAAAUCGGAAUCCUCCAGACUGCUGAGUCAAGACACCGAGAUCCAAGCGACGUCAGCAGACUUUGAGACAUCUGCUCAAAGUCCGAAGUUAGCGUCCAUUCAGUCUCUGAGCAAAGACAAGCUCUCGAUGCCGCUGCCUCAUGUUGAGACCUUGUCCGCCGCGUCACAAUCAAGAGAUGGCGAUCUGCUUCAGUGUCUCAGUUUUGGCGAUGAGCUACAAUUCUAGUUCAUUGAAGGAGGACCCUCAGUCUGAAAAUCUCCGGUAAUGUCAGUUAUUUUUGUGGUUUUCUCGUGAGACCUCUUUCCAGUAGCUAUGUGUAUCAACACAUUCCACAAGCUAAGCACAAGUCUGCAUAUUUUUAUCCAGCCUAUGCAGCCUGUUGCUUACCCCAAAUUGGGAUGUACUUUACAGUAAGGUCAGGUUUAGAAGCUAGAAAAAAAAUUAACAGUAUCAUAUGGAUAUCGCUUCCGGUACAGUAUCAAUUCUAAAUUGAUGCCGUCACUGUCCAGUAUAAACCAUUUUUAAUAAUACGUGACUCUACACGUUUUUAACAAUCUGCAACUCGCAAUUUGCGAUAUUUUGUAGGAGUGCCAAGCAGCACAGCAAUGCGCUUCAGAUAUAACACGAUAAAUAAAACAAGCGGUAACACAUUUUGCUAACAAAAGGCUUUUUUUUUUGUUAAGAAAUCGAUUUACAUGUCAGAAUCGAUCAUCUAGGAAUUAUUUUACUAGCUAUGUAAAUUGCUACAUGUUUCUCAUAUAUACACGUUCUUGAUAUCCGUGUCGCCAUUUUAAAGCACAUAUAUGGUGAUGCAAUAUUACGCUAUGAAUAAAUUACAAUAGAAAUCACAAAUAUGUAUUUUUGUAUCAAAUUAUCUCAUGUGUGCAAACUGAUGACAAAAGCUAUCCCACUCCUUUAAUGUGCCAGCUGCAAUGACCACCACAACCAAAACACAGGUUAUUUCAUCAAUUUUCGAAAUAGUUUGUCUUGCUGCAAUGUAACACUGAAGAUGGAUGAACAGGGAGAAUCAAGUUGUGUUUUGCCAUAUGGGAAUAUUUUAUCCAUUUUCUAUAUAUAUUUGUCUUGGUAUACUAUGUAUAUACUGUACACUCAUUUAUGCAGCUAUCUAACACCGAAAAUGAACAGGUGGAAACAUCCCUGAUCGAAUAAAGGUAAUUCUGAGACUAC